CCUCUCUCUCUCUCUCUCUCUCUCUCUCUCUAUCCCCGUCAAUCUAUUUCUUUCUUCGUCACAGUGACUUUUCUGGGCUGAUUGCCAUUACUGUAGAGGGGUCGAGCUUCCUUCUUCUUCUCAAGAAGAGAGAGAGAGAGAGAGAGAGAGAGUUUUAUAAUAUACGAAAACAAAGAGUAGAAAGAUAACACAGUGAAGAGGAGAGAAAAAAAAAUGGUGGGUUAUCGUUUGGGGUUUUUCAUGGUUUUUUCUUUCUUGGUUUUGGCUUCUGCAUCUCCUAAGAAUCGGAACAUACCCAUCUUGUCGUUCGAUGAAGGGUAUUCUCAUUUGUUUGGGGAUAAUAAUCUCAUGAUAUUAAAGGAUGGAAAAACUGUUCAUAUGUCCCUAAAUGAAAGAUCAGGUGCUGGGUUCGUCUCUCAGGACCUUUACUUGCAUGGGUUCUUCAGUGCUUCGAUAAAGCUACCGGCAGAUUACACAGCCGGCGUCGUCGUCGCAUUUUAUAUGUCAAAUGGAGAUAUGUUUGAGGCAAACCAUGAUGAAUUGGAUUUCGAGUUUCUGGGGAAUAUUCGAGGAAAGGAAUGGAGGAUUCAGACGAAUAUUUACGGCAACGGAAGCACGAGCACCGGUAGGGAAGAGAGAUACGGUCUCUGGUUCGAUCCUUCCGAAGAUUUUCAUCAGUACAGCAUUCUCUGGGCUGAGAAUCUCAUCAUAUUUUAUGUUGAUGAAGUUCCAAUAAGAGAGAUUAAGAGGACUGAAUCAAUGGGUGGAGACUUCCCCUCCAAGCCAAUGUCCUUAUAUUCUACCAUAUGGGAUGGUUCUACAUGGGCUACCAACGGCGGAAAGUACAAAGUGAAUUACAAAUAUGCCCCUUAUAUUGCUGAAUUCUCGGAUCUGGUGCUCCAUGGCUGUGCUGUGGACCCGAUCGAAUUGUCGUCGAGGAAGUGCGACGCCGGUGAUUCACUUAAUGCCCUCAAUGUUGAAACCGGCAUCACAUCGGAGCAGAGAUCCAAAAUGCUUAAUUUCAGGAAGAAGCAAUUGCAAUACUCAUACUGCUAUGACCGGGUCCGAUACCCGACUCCACUGUCUGAGUGUGUUAUCGACCCACGUGAGGCGGAGCGGCUUCGUGGGUUUGACCCGGUUACAUUCGGGGGAGGCCGACAUCACCGUGGGAAGCGGCACCACCGGAGCAGAGCAACCAGGGCUGAGGCCAGCACCACCAUCUAGAAGAGGGAGCCUUGCCUUGAAUGAGCUUUGAAUUGGGAUGUAAUUUCUGUGUUUCUUGAUUCAUAUGGUCAGGUCUAUUUUAUUACCUCUUGUCAAUUUCAUUUAGUUGGGUCUGUUUCUGUGAAUAGAGGGGGAGAGAUUUAUUGAGGGGGCUGUGGUGGUUAGGUUACAUAGACUUCAUGUGGUAUUUCAUCUUCAUUGCUUGUUCUCUGGCCAUUUUCUAUUUGAUAAAUAUUGUUGGAUUGAUGUGCCUUCCCUUCUACCAUUUGGUGAUUCUAUGAUUUAUGUAAUUUGUACCUCCCACCUGUUUGAAUAAAUGUCAUAGACAACAAACCAGUUUUUUCUUCA